AUGGGGACUCCUGGUUCUGGAAGGAAAAGGACACCUGUGAAAGACCGAUUUUCUGCAGAAGAUGAAGCUUUGAGUAGCAUUGCCAGAGAGGCAGAGGCAAGACUGGCAGCAAAACGGGCUGCCCGAGCAGAAGCAAGAGAUAUCCGCAUGAGAGAACUGGAACGGCAACAAAAAGAGCACUCUUAUCAUUCCUUUGAUCGGAAAUGGGGACAGAUUCAGAAGUGGCUGGAUGAGUUGGAAAGGGCCAGGUAUUCCCACCGGUCCAGUCAUCAUCGUCCUUCUCUGGGAGUUGAGGAUGCGUUGUCCAUUCGAAGUCUUGGCAGUCACAGGUAUGAUGCUUUCAAGGAUACAUCGUCAAGACUUUCAUCAUUAAAUCAUUCUUACAGUCACUCUGAUGGAAUGAAGAAGAGAUCUUCUGGUUCUCAUAAAGACCCACUGAGUGGCCUCUACUUUGACCAGAGAAACUAUAGCAGUCUUAGACAUAGCAAACCCACUUCUGCCUCCUAUACUCGGUCUUCUUCCCUAUACAGUGACCCUCUGGCAACAUCUAAGAGCUACAGGGCCUCCCCUACUGCAAAUUCUGGUCUUCUGAGAAGUGCCAGUCUGGCGUCAUUGUAUGAUGGUGGAUUAUAUAACCCUUAUGGUUCUCGAACUCCAUCUGAAUACAGUUUUCACUCAUCAAGAACAAGUUCAGCCCGAAGCAGUCCUGUGUUUAUCGACGAUGACACUGCAAGCAUUGCUGCUUCUGGUCGUGCCAGCCGUGGGCGAAGGGAGAGUGUGGUUUUUGCAGCUGAUUAUUUUAGUCGCUCCAGUCGUAGGGGGAGCGUGGUCUCUGACAUGGAUGAUGUCAGCAUCCCAGAUCUGACCAGCUUGGAUGAAAAAUCUGACAAACAGUAUGCUGAAAAUUACACAAGGCCUUCAUCUCGAAAUUCUGCCUCAGCAACAACCCCUCUAAGUGGAAACUCAUCCAGACGAGGAAGCGGGGACACCAGCAGCUUAAUAGAUCCAGACACCUCAUUAAGUGAAUUGCGGGAUAUCUAUGACCUUAAGGACCAGAUACAGGAUGUAGAAGGGAGAUACAUGCAGGGGCUUAAGGAACUAAAGGAGUCUUUGUCUGAAGUGGAAGAAAAAUACAAGAAAGCCAUGGUUUCCAAUGCACAGUUAGACAAUGAGAAGAACAAUUUGAUAUACCAAGUAGAUACCCUCAAGGAUGUUAUUGAAGAGCAGGAGGAACAGAUGGCAGAAUUUUAUAGAGAAAAUGAAGAAAAAUCAAAGGAGUUAGAAAGGCAGAAACAUAUGUGUAGUGUGCUACAGCAUAAGAUGGAUGAACUUAAAGAAGGCCUCCGACAAAGAGAUGAGCUUAUUGAGGAGAAUCAGCGUAUGCAGCAGAGAAUAGACACCAUGACAAAAGAGGUGUUUGAACUCCAGGAGACACUGCUUUGGAAAGAUAAAAACAUUAGGGCCCUAGAGAAACAGAAAGAAUACAUUGGCUGCCUUAGGAGUGAGCGGGACUCGCUCAGAGAGGAGCUGGCGGAGCUGAAGGCAGCAGUGGAGACGGGAGAGAAACAUGGCUUAGUCAUCAUCCCCGACGGCACUCCCAACGGCGACGUCCACCAGGAGCCAGUGGUCGGAGCCAUCACUGUUGUGUCUCAGGAAGCCGCUCAGGUCUUGGAGUCGGCAGGAGAAGGGCCACUGGAUGUAAGGCUACGAAAACUUGCUGGAGAAAAAGAAGAGCUGCUAUCCCAGAUUAGAAAACUGAAGCUGCAGUUGGAGGAGGAACAGCAGAAGUGCUCCAGGAGCGAUGGCACAGCAGGUGACCUGGCGGGACUGCAGAAUGGCUCGGACCUGCAGCUCAUCGAAAUGCAGAGAGAUGCCAACAGACAAAUUAGUGAAUACAAGUUUAAGCUUUCAAAAGCAGAACAGGAUAUAACCACCUUGGAGCAAAGUAUCAGCCGCCUGGAGGGGCAGGUGCUAAGAUAUAAAACCGCUGCUGAGAAUGCAGAGAAAGUCGAGGAUGAACUGAAAGCAGAAAAGAGGAAGCUACAACGAGAGUUACGAACAGCACUGGACAAGAUCGAGGAGAUGGAGAUGACCAACAGCCAUCUGGCCAAGCGGCUGGAGAAGAUGAAGGCCAACAGGACAGCACUGCUGGCCCAGCAAUAG